AUGCGCGCAUCCAUCUCUUCACUCCUGCUCUCUCUGGCAGUUGCCAGCUCUGCCCAGGAAGAGGUUCCCAGUCUUACUGAGCUCAAAGAUUCAGAGUGCGGGCUCAUUUCGCCAGUCGUCGAUGGUUUACGCAUUGUGCCAUCCGCCAACGAGUUUUGCUCGUCGCUACUCAGCAUCCCCACCGUUACCGUCACUUCGAUCGCCAUGAGCACAUCGACUCUGACAUCCAUGGCGGAGACCCUUGAGACCGUCACAUCUACAGCUGUAUUCACGAACACGGACGAGACUACAGUUACUGGAACAAUGACUUUGACCGCUGAUGCGGUCACCGUGACUAAUACCAUAACUACCCAAGUCGAUCUAUGCCCGAGAAAAACGAUAACAGUCGAAGCACCCAUCAAACGAGACUACGCGCAGACACUUAGUUCCAGUAGCACAUCAUGCACUGCGAGUAAGAAGUCUUCGAGCACUUGUAUCACUCGCGAAAUCCUCCAGUAUGGCGACGUCCCUAUCGAACGAACCGUUGAGCACAGGUCCAGCUUCUUUCUCAGGAUAUGCGACCACGUCUCAGGUAUCCUCUCUCGCGUAUUCGAGUGUAGUACAGCCAGCAUAUCCAACACCGUCGAGCAAUAUGGAGUCAUCUUCCACAGCAACUUCAAGCGCCGCGGAGCUAUCCUCUACUAUGACUUCAAGCCCCAUAGAUAUCUCUUCAACGACCCAUUCGACCACCGCAGAAUCAUCUUCGACGAUACUUUCAACCACUAUGGACUCAUCUUCCGCAACACCUUCAUCCACCAUCGAGCCAUCAUCCACACUUGA